GUCAUCGACAAUAGGGACGCACCACUCAUACAGGCCGAGGGUCUCGAGUUGGAGAACCUGGUGAAGGGCCGACAGUUUUUGGACAACCAUUUCCAGGCCUACGUCAACAGUGUUGAGCAUCUGGUGAAUGGGGAUGUCGUGAACACCCGCUCCGACCUCAACAACAGAGAGUGUUAUCACAAGUUUGUCGACACUUUCAACGAUAAGUGUAUGAAUAUUGCUGAGAAUUCAUAUGUUUUGGGCAAACUCUACCAGUUUGUGAACAUUUGUGAACAAAGCUCGGCUACCGGUGCUGAGGCCGCCCUCACCCAACUGGUCUCAUACUGCCAACAAGAGAUGCAGUACCCUGCUUAUAUUCUUUAAGAAUAUUACGUAUUGUACAUUAUGUAAAAAUCAAUGCAUAAUAAAAUAAAAAAAUAAAAUAAUAAUUAUAUAAAAAAAAUAA